GGACGGAGGGGGGGGCGGGAAGCAAGAUGGCGGCGGUGCUGGAAGUGGAGGUUGGAGGCCCCGUCGAGCGGGAUGUGGAGGAGGUCGAUCUUUCACACCUGUCCCCAGAGGAGAGAUGGAGGGUGGAGCAUGCACGGAUGCAUGCCAAGCACCGUGGUCACGAGGCUAUGCAUGCCGAAAUGGUCCUCAUCCUUAUCGCCACGCUAGUGGUGGCACAGCUCCUGUUGGUUCAGUGGAAACAGAGGCACCCUCGCUCCUACAACAUGGUGACCCUCUUCCAGAUGUGGGUAGUGCCUCUGUAUUUCACGAUCAAGCUGUACUGGUGGCGGUUCCUGGUAAUCUGGGUGCUCUUCUCAGCAGUCACAGCUUUUGUCACCUUCAGGGCAACUCGAAAACCUCUGGUACAGACAACGCCCAGGCUGGUUUAUAAAUGGUUUCUACUAAUAUACAAGAUCAGCUAUGCCACUGGAAUCGUAGGGUACAUGGCUGUGAUGUUUACACUUUUUGGUCUUAACUUAUUAUUCAGAAUCAAGCCAGAAGACGCGAUGGACUUUGGCAUUUCCCUCCUCUUCUACGGUCUUUACUACGGGGUGUUGGAGCGGGACUUUGCCGAGAUGUGUGCAGAUUACAUGGCCUCAACGAUCGGGUUCUACAGCGCCUCGGGGAUGCCCACCAAGCACCUCUCCGACAGCGUCUGCGCCGUCUGUGGUCAGCAGAUCUUCGUGGAUGUCAACGAGGAAGGGAUCAUUGAGAACACCUACCGCCUCUCCUGCAACCACGUGUUUCAUGAGUUCUGCAUCCGUGGCUGGUGCAUCGUCGGGAAGAAGCAGACGUGUCCAUACUGCAAAGAGAAGGUGGAUCUCAAGAGAAUGUUCAGUAACCCCUGGGAGAGGCCUCACGUCAUGUACGGGCAGCUGCUGGACUGGCUGCGCUACCUGGUGGCCUGGCAGCCGGUGAUCAUCGGACUGGUCCAAGGCAUCAACUACAUCCUGGGGCUGGAGUAAGGGCAGGCGGUGGGGAGCCGUGGAGCCACGAGAGGACGCGUGCCCAGGGCAGGGGACAGCAGCCGGCCGGGGACGCUGGCUUUCCUCCGUCACCUCUCAGGACCUCGGCCGUCCCUGAGGACCGCGGCGUCGGGGGCUGAGGGAGGACUCUGCCCUGGGGCCCCUCCCGCUAGGGCUGGGGGAGUCUGUUUUUUUAAAAGCAAUUAUUUUAAUGAGCAUAUUUAAAACUUUCUAUUGCAGACGAAGAGACGCUUGUCCCAUUUCCCUCCCCCAGCCCCUCUCUGGCCCUUCGCACGGCGCUGGCCUGCUGAGCUUUUGGCCGGGGGCUUGUUCUCCAUCUCCCUCUCCUGCUGCUCUGCCGGGGUAGGUGACGGGGAGAGGGCCAAGGCUUUGCCGGCUCCGACGCCAGCUCCCUGGAGCAGCCCUGCCAGCAGCGAGGAUGGGACACAGGGAAGCAGGGUCAGGGUUGGGCCCCUCUGCUGCGUGGGGCUGCGAGGGAGAGGCUGCCUGGGGCGGCUGGAGCCCAGCACCCUGGAAGAGGGGACAGAGGGACGCUUGGCUGCCCCGGCACCGAGUGCCGCGGGCCGGACUCUUGGCUGCUAGGUCCCCUUUCCUGGUGCCGUGGGCGCACGAGGAAGGAACAGAGCCGCUCUCCUGUGCUGUGACGGUGCGCUUUGCCCGUGCUCUGCCUCGGGUAACCCUUUUGUACACUCCUGUCUUUUCUAUGUUCCUCCCCGGGGGCUGGCGGCAGUGCCCAGCUGCUGUGGCUUGGGGGCCAGCCAGGUGCACGGAGCAGUGCCGUGCCAUUUCUCUCCCUGGCACCCCUUUCUGUGACAGUAACGGUACAUUGAGAGUGGCCCGAGAGCGGGUUGCCCUUGCCCCAGGGCUCAGGGGAUGCCUCACUGGGGUUUGGUUUUUUUGGCACUGUAAUAAAAGGGAUGGAGCAAAGGGCACAGGCUGGGCUGGGCUGGUGACAGUGUUUUCCUGCCUUUGCAUUGUUCCGCUCCUCGCCGUGCCAGUGCACGUGCCGUCUUGCGCAAGGGUCUGCAAGCUCAUUUUUUGGAACGGGUGGGUACGGCCCGUGACAGCAGAGU